AUGCCCACGACUGAGCUCUGCUCAUACUGCUACGUCAAGCGAUACGAGGUGAUGCAGUCAACUCCCUACUCUAUCUACGACAAAACAUAUCAAUCGGACCUUGUCUUCAUGAACUCCAAAUGUGGCCUUGCCGUGCCCACCUAUAUCCCUCCACCCAUCGAGAAACCAACGGACCCAUAUGCCAACAACAGCACAUUCUGUGCCUCCGACACAAGAUACAUUACUGCUUUCCAUGAUACGUGCGAUACCAUCGCUCUCAAACACGGCGUCUCAUCUGCCGCCCUAUUCAUUGGCAACUCCAACCUCCGUAACUGCCAUAACAUCCCCGUGGGUACAGAACUUUGCCUCCCAUUUAGCUGCACACCCACAUACACGCUCAAGGACGGCGACACGUGCCGUUCGAUCGAAACGUCCCUUGAUCUGGAUGCAGCCUCGGGCUACACCGUCCGCAAAUACAACCCAUGGAUCAUACACGACUGCUCCAACCUCCAAGAAACGAGCAAUGAAGUAUAUGGAACGAUUCUGUGCGGAGGACCUCAAGGCGGAACAGCAAACGGUACCGUGCCCCCUCCCUCCGACGAGGCGCUCCACUCCUACCCCGAGAUACUGCCGCCCACCAACGUAACAGUGGCCGAAGGCACAAGCUAUCGGUGUGCGCGAUGGUACAUCAUGGAGGACCAGGAUUCUAGCGGAGAAAAAGAAACUUGUACAAAACUCUGCGUGCAAAACUCUAUAGACUGGAAACUGUUUCUGGCAGUUAAUCCGUCCUUGGCAACGGGGGCUUGCGACGAGCAGCUGGUGGUGGGAAGUGCUUACUGCGUUAAGGCCUCCGGAAAUUACAUUCCUGAUUAUGACGACGAGGAUGAUGAGGAUGAUGAGGAUGAUGAGGAUGAUGAGGAUGAUGAAGACGUUGAGGAUGAUGAGAUAUUUUAUUGA